UGUUUCCUACAAAACUGCGAAAUCUCACUUUAAUACAUUAGUUUCACCUGUCAGGGACUGAUCAUUUUCAACACCAUCGUGGUUCUUUCUAAACCUCAGGAAAAGGCAUGGCUUUCUCAUAUGUUUCUUCUUGGAUUCCUGAUAUUGUGAAGCUGAACGUGGAAAACUGUCUAGAUCUUGGACGCACUAUGUGGGCUUCCAAAUCUAAAGGCAUGGCUUUCUCAUAUGUUUCUUCUUGGAUUCCUGAUAUUGUGAAGCUGAACGUGGAAAACUGUCUAGAUCUUGGACGCACUAUGUGGGCUUCCAAAUCUAAAGACAAGCAGGAAGAUUCCCAGCUGAAGUGCUCUGAAAAAAGGAAAAGCAUGAGCCUUGUGGGAUCCAUAGUGAGCAUUCGAUGUUUUGUAUACAGUUACAUUAUGUGGCCUUUCCAGUUUAUAGAACAAAUAGAGGCAAAAAAACAACAAUUAGAAAUAGAAAAAGAACAAAUAGAGGCAAAAAAACAACAAUUAGAAAUAGAAAAAGAACAAAUAGAGGCAAAAAAACAACAAUUAGAAAUAGAAAAAGAAUUAUUAGAUGCCCAUCUCCACAGAGCUGAUGUAGUUUUGGACUCCAAGACAGCUCACCCAAGACUGGAAGUGUUUGAAAAAGGGAAAUGCGUGAGAGACACAGGAUUUGCUUCUAAGGUUUCUGACUGUGACGACAGGUUUGACUCCCAUGCUUUCAUUCUGGCAGCAGGAGGCUUUUCUGAAGGCAAACAUUACUGGGAAGUGGAGGUUGGACAGAAAGAAAAGUGGGACUUGGGAGUUGCCUCUGAAUCCGCUCCUAGAAAGGGAACAAUCACACUGUCUCCUGAGAAUGGCUACUGGGUCAUGGGACUCGAUGGUGGGAAAGAUUACUUGGCUCGGACAGAGAAAUGGACCUGCCUCCAAGUGACUGGAAAACCAACAAAAAUAGGAAUAUUCCUAGAUAUACCUGCUAAAAGCUUGUCUUUUUAUGAUGUCAACAGUAGAAGGAAAUUGCACAGAUAUUAUACCAUAUGCAGUUGUGGGAAGUUUUAUCCCUUCUUCUCUACAGGCUUUGUAACUUCAGAGCUAGAUGGACAGCCACUAAAGAUUACAAUAUUUGAAAGGGGAAAAGAGAGAUUAUGGUAGGAAAACAAAAAAAAACAAACACCCCUUGGAUGGCUGGGAAUCAAUAAGUGCAGGUCUGUAGUUUAAGCAGGAUGGUUUUUGUUCCUUACAGAUUUACAUCUUUUAGCCUACUAAGUAUACUUUUCCCAAUAGAACAUGUGAUGGAGUGUGCUUUGUGGCAGUUGGUGUGUGAUGCCCAUAGCGGUUUACCUAGUUUGCAAAUGUGCUCUCCAGCUGAAAGGGUUUAGUGACCCCUACAGCCUAUUGCACUCUGUAUUUUAAUUGUUUUUAUUUGUAUAGUAUCCUGAUAAUCCCAUAUAGGGUGGGAUAUAUUUUAUAAUAAAUAAAUAUACUGAAUAAAUAUUUCAAUGUUAUUUUCUUUAAAACCUUGUAUAACUAAUUUUGACAGAAUUUUGCAGUCUAUUAAGAAGUGAUGGAAAUAGUUAGAGGCUGUUGUUUCUGGGAGAUAGUUGACAUCAUGAUUAGGCCCCAAUGAUGCUGUAUUCCAUCUGCCUCAGUGGCUGCAGCUGCCCAGGGCACUCCCCAAACCAGCAGACCUUGCAGUUGUGCUGGGGAAGGGGAGGGCAUAAGCCAAGCCUGCUGGGGAUAGUGGGUGGCACUGCUGAUGGGAGUGAUCCUGAAUGGGUGACACCAAAGGGGGUUGCCUCUCUGGGGUGUGAUGAAUGUGAGGGCUUACCCCUUUUAAUUUGUGUAGGGUAGGGUUUUAUAUGUGGUUGAUUUUGGUUUUUUUCCGGGGGGGGGUUGUUGUAGCUUUCUCUAGACCGCUUCCAGGGUGAGAGGCUGGAGGUGGUCUGGAGUGGUAUGUUGGGGAAAGUGGGUUCAUGUCCCUGGUGUCAGAUUACAAUCCAGCAUCAAACUAUGCCCUUCCUGGGUGAGAGUUGGAGGGAAGUGGUGAGUUUUUAUCCCAGGUGAGAGCUGAGGUGUGAGUCUCAUCUGAUAGUUUUUCUUGUUUGACUGUCUCCUAGUUUGAUAUUCCCUGCCUCCAGUCUCGGCUGUAUUCCUUUAUUUUCUAGGGGUGGGUCAGGGACAGUAUGUGUUUUGGCCAAGAAUGGGGAGGAUGGGAAUGAGACUGCCUCCCUGGGAUAAUAGGUAAGGGGAGAUAUGGUGGUGGGUGAAGAUAUACAGCAUGGAGGGCUACUUACGUCAAAACUCUUGUCCCCUCUGCUUUACCUGCUGGGUUUCAGAAUUUGGAGAUGCCAGUCAGCCAACCCCCUGGCCUUCUGGUGUUGGUUUUAAAUGCCAAGUCUGCCUAAAAUAAUCAUCUAUAAUCAAUGAUUUGAUUGUGGAUGAGGGUGUACCUUUGGUGUGUAUAACUGAGACCUGGGUGGGUGAACUUGGUGGCCCAGUGCUAACUCAGCUGUGUUUGCCUGGGUACUUGGAGCAGCACCAUUCCAAGUUGGAGAGAUGGGAAGGGGGAGUUGUAAUCAUUCAUAAAAAUCCAUCUUCCUCACCAGGAGACCAAGCCACACUGUGUCUGGGUUUGAGGAUUUUUUGGUGUUGAGCCAAAGAGGCAGAAUGAGAAUAUUGUUAGUGUUCCUUCCACCCCGCUGCACUACAAGCUCCCUAACCAAGCUGGCAGAGGUAAUCUUGGAUUGUUGUGGUGUUGGAGAACCCUUUCACAGUGGUGCUGGGAGAUUUUGAUACCCAAACUGAGGCUGCCUCCAAUGGGACAGCUUGGGACCUCAUGGCCUCCAUGACAACCAUGUGGCUGUCUCAAUAAAUCAAUGACCCAACAUAUGUGACCUGGGCUUUGCCACAGAGUAUAUUGGUAAUACUCCAUUGAUUGGCGGACUCACUAUGAGUCUGUUGUCAUGGAUAGACCAUUUCCUGGUAAGGUUUGGAUUGAAUGUAUCAACUCCACUCUGCAAGCGGGGGGGGGCAUUGAGAUGGUCCACCCUUUUGGAGACUGAUGGAAUCUGAUGGAUUCCUGAAUGCUGUGGAAGAAUUUCUGGCUGACAUGGCUGGUGCUCCUGUUGAGACUCAUCUCAAUGUGGAAUGGUGAGAUGCAUAGAGCCAUCGCUGUGGAGCACGUAGGUCACCUUGGUGUGUAUGAUGAAACAGAAGAGUGUAGGCUGCGAAUCUAGGUAAACCACCUGAAAGGUUUCAGAUUGGCACAGUAAAAGGCCAAGAAUCAAACAGGUGCAAAGAAAAGGAUGAAGGUGAAACAUUGUACCUAGAAUGUGUUAAAUAUAGAUCGCCAUAGCUGUAUGUAUGUACUGAAUGUAAUUGUGAAACAAAAAGAAUAAAACGUCAUUAACUGUGUCUUUAUGGAAAAGGUGGGAGGUGUAGGCUGCUGAGGAGUCUAUCUGUCUAGUUUUCCAGAAAGCCAGAAAUGAAAGACAAGUAAAGGGUUAAGGUGUGCAGCAGCUCAAGGACAGCUCACAGCAGAGGCUGCAGCUGGCACAGAGCAAACCCAGACUAUAAAGCCUUGAAAAAGAAACUACAAGGUGUGGGGGUGUUUGGAGAGUAAAGGAAAGUAUUUGUAUCUGUAUUGUAACCGUUCCUGUACGAAAUCCUGUCAGUAAAAGACUCUUAACAAUUAA